UGGGAAGUUUUGAUAAGCAAAUACUUUCUGGGCUCUGCCUCUUAUUGGCUGUUUCUUCACCGCCAGAUUUUGACACAAAUAAUCUGAUUGAAAAAUCAGGGAGGGGAACAGGGGGAAGAAAAAAACAGAGAGAAAAAAGGAGAAGUAUCUAUUUCAGCCGACUGCAACCAAGUGAAAAAGUGGAAGAGGAGUCCUGAGAGAAGAGGACGUCUCGCUUGUCUCAGGGGAUUUCAAGGCAAAUCCAGUAAAGCAAAGUCCCUCAAACAGAAAGUGAAUGGAAGAUGCCACGUUCCUUUUUGGUGAAGAGCAAAAAGGCUCACACCUAUCACCAGCACCGCUGUGUGGAAGAUGACCUGCCAGUACUCACCUGGGGUCCAGUCACCUCUGCCUUCACUGCCACAGGAGACAGGACACCAGAGGACAUCAAGAAACAGGACCUGGGAUGUGUAGUUCCAAAACAAGAAAAGGACCCACCUGAACUGAAAGAAGAAAGUGUCCCUGUCCAGUACCUGAGCAGGAUGCUGCCAGGCCCUUCAGCUCAAGAGAUGGCCAUGCCAGGGCUGCAGAUCAAGGACUGCACUAACACAGUGAGCACCCCAACCUUCUACAAAACUGGCUUUUCCUGGGAUGCUUUCCACAUGCCAUACAGCUACCAGCAGAUGUCUUCCAGCAUGCAGUCAGCCCUGCUGGAGCACCCCGUGAGCCUGUAUGGGAGCCACCUCCUGCCAAGCACCGAGCCCCCCCUGGAUUACAGCCUGCACUAUUCCUCAGACAUGGAGACCUUCCACUGUGUGAAGUGCAACAAGGUGUUCUCCACUCCCCAUGGACUGGAGGUCCAUGUCCGAAGGUCUCACAGCGGGACCCGUCCCUUUGCUUGUGAAGUGUGUGGCAAAACCUUUGGGCACGCUGUGAGCCUGGAGCAGCACACCAACAUCCACUCCCAGGAAAGAAGCUUUGAGUGCAAGAUGUGUGGGAAGACAUUCAAACGUUCCUCCACCCUCUCCACUCACCUCCUGAUCCACUCGGACACACGGCCCUACCCCUGCCAGUACUGCGGCAAGCGCUUCCACCAGAAGUCAGACAUGAAGAAGCACACGUACAUCCACACAGGGGAGAAGCCCCACAAAUGCCAGGUGUGUGGCAAAGCCUUCAGCCAGAGCUCCAACCUGAUCACCCACAGCCGCAAGCACACUGGCUUCAAACCCUUCAGCUGCGAGCUCUGUGCCAAGGGCUUCCAGCGCAAGGUGGAUCUGCGGAGGCACCGGGAGACCCAGCACAGCCUCAAGUGACGGCUGGCUCCAGGUCUUUGCUUCAUGCUCCAGGGAAGAAGACUUACCCCAGCACCUCCAUCCACCUCAUAAAGCUCCCACGGUGCCCUGUGUUCCCCUGGGGACUGGCCAAGUGAUGCAUUGGCUUUGGUGUUUGGUACAGGGCCUUGCACAUCCCAAAGAAACCUGUGGGAGCUUUCACUUUUCUAUUGCAACAGGUACCAGCCCAGAUCUGACACCACCUGCUCGAGUGUAAAUCCAGAGGAAUUCCUCUAAGGUCACUAUUACUCUGGAUUUACACCAGGAGCAGAAUCCAGUUUGUCAGGCUGCCCAGCGGGGAGGAGGGGACUCCUGGGCUGGUGGUAGCAACAAUCUGUGCCAAGCUGGUGCUGUAACCAUGUUCUGCUCUGAUGGUUGGGAAGAUAAGCCCAGGGCAUGCAAAUAGAUUGCAUUCAGUCAGCUGUGUUCAACCUGGACAGGCCUUCUGCAGAGACUUGCCCAGGCCAUAAAUUCUGCCAACAGACACCUUAAAGUAAUUUCUUUCAGCAGAGCAUUUACUGUGAUCAAAUGACAAGUUAACUGUGCUGUAUUUUUAGCUUGGAGUGGGAGGAAAAUACUGAAGAAACAGCUCCUAUCCCUAGCAGAUAACAGGGGUCUCUAAAUACAUUCCUCACAUCACAUUGCAGAGAUCCCAAACAGGCUCCAGGAAGAGCCACACCACAGCACCAGGCAGGAGCUAAUAAUCCCCAUGUCUUGGUACCAUGGGAGAGUCUGGCUGCUCCUGGAAUCAGGGCUGGUAUGUCCCACAGUAUUUCCCUGCAUGCUGGACAUGCCAACUUAGAGCUGUCCUGAGCAAUCCUGAGUAACUGCAUGGGCAGGAGUGACCCUGGAUAUCGAUGUCAAGGGCCAGAGUUCUGCUUGCCAGGCACUCUCCUUAAGGAGGAAGUGACUGAGCCUGUACAUGUUGGCAGAGCAUGCAAGUACCUCACAAAUAUUACACAAAGAGAGCAGUGGUAUUUCCUCCUUUUGCCAGGUCUAGGGGUUGAAGCAAAGCACUGGAGCAAGUAAAGAACCAGUUCCCCUCCAAGCUCUGCCAAAUUCUCUCUCUAUAACCUUUGGCAAGUCACUGCACUGGGCUUUUGUUUUUCCACCCCUCCUGGUGACCUGGGGCCAUUCACUCAGGUUUGUGGAGUCCCCUGAGUUCUUAACAGGAAGGACAAAGUAUUAUUAUAACAUUAUUAUAACACAGACAAGUGUUCUCAGUUAAUUGGGGCAUUGUAGCAGCACAUGGCUCACUCCAUAACUGCAUCCCUGAGCACACAGCCUUGGACAAUGACACCAGUGGGAAUUACCCUGGGAAAGGGCUGUGGCCAUUUCACUCCAAAGUUUUAUGAAGGAAGGCUGCCAUCAUGGGCAGAGACAAAAUGAUCCAAGGGGAAAAUUCAUGUAUUGCCAGGAGAAAGCUGCCCUCAGUUCCACUGCUGUCAGUCCCAAGUUAUUCUCCUAAGACCUAAAAUGUACUUGUCCCUUUAAUGCUGUGCCUAAGCUCUAAGUCAUUAAUGUACCUGGAAGCUCAAACCCAGAGUCUGUACUCCUGGCUUUACUUGUACACUGUAAAUAUGUAUUUAUACUUAUUCUAAUGUAUAUUUUUAUUGCACUAUACCAGACAGUGACAUGUACAGGCCUGCUGGGAUUUAUCUGAUAAAUCUGUUCCUUCUCAGUAACUGGGCUAACACAGUGUAUUUCAUGUUCAAAACUCUCAUUUAAAGAACAGCUCAUACCUGACUCCGGGGACACAGGCAGAGGGGAUAGGGUGAAAAAGGAGAAGGGAAAGAGUCUAGGAUUGCUCUUUAUGGUUUGAGUGGGAAUAAAGAUGGGAAUUCACAUGCAGGAAAAGGCUCCCAUUAGAGAGACUUUGAUUCUAGAGAGAGAUUGGUGUAGAGCCCCACCGAGCCAGAGCCAGCUCUACAGAGCAGGAGGGCCACGCCAGGUACACGGAAUGUGUGUCCAGCAGACAGUGCCAAAGCCCCCAGUAAAUCCUGCUGUCCUUCCCUGAGCCAUUCUGGGGAAGGUGCAUAACCUGUGAUGGAACUGGUCCCCAGCCCUACACACACACCUGUGAACACCCACAUGUGCAUAAGCCUUGCUCAAGGUAAAGUCAUUUCAGCUUAUUAAAAUU